CGAGCCAACUCGCCAGGUCUUGCAACCUCUGAUUCAUUGAUCACUCACUUCUAACACAAAAUUUCCAAUCUACAACAUCCCACCAUGACGCCCCAACCUUCAGGCAAGACCAAGCGCGGCUCCGCAACAGAGAGCGACCUGAAAUCCGAAAAGAGAAAAGUCCGCAACCGUAUCUCCCAACAGGCGUUCCGUGCCCGCCAAAGUCUGAAGGUCCAAGAGCUAGAAGAGCGUCUACAAGAUAUGACGAGGCCAGACGCCGCCCGAAUGGCAGAGCUACAAGACCAGAAUACCGCCCUACGGGAUCAGUUACUAGAAUGCCACAAAAAGUUGACAAGCUUCGAAGUCUCGAUUCAAGAUCUCAAAAGACAAACUGCCCAAGUCCUUGGUAUCGCCAACACCGGUGAGCAAAAAUCAAAAGACAGACGCUACAAACAGCGGGAAAGCGAGGGCGAUUCAAGUCCAGGUGACCUAUCGACAGUCCCUGAGGUUCUUGGUGGUGACAUGAUAGCGAGUCCGCCUCGGGCUGGAAGCGAGUACUUGGGUUCAGAUCGAUCGAUGACACACGCAGAGGCAGAGUUGGUGGACAAAAAUGCUUUGCCAUCGCCAACAACGACCUUCGAUAGUCGCAACUGGGUGAGCGCGGUGGACGAGUCCAAUAAGAACAUCAGCCAGAAUCUUUUUACAACUGCUACCUCUCCACCAUCGGCACCUGUACCAGCAGAGAGUUUUCAAGUCCAAACGACUAAUUGGGACAAGUUGCCAACUCAUCCGCCUCUCUAUGGGAUGUCCGUUGAUCCUCCUGACUCCAGUCUCAAGGCUUAUCACAAUAUCAUGGAUAGUCUUGCUUUCGUCGCAGACGGACCACACCCGCAGCCUCUACUAUCGAAUUCGCUUUUUUCAGAUCACAUCAAUGCUCUGGAGUAUUGCUGUCGUCAGGACACAGUCGGCCCCAACGGCUCAAUAGUCGUGGACCCUUACAUGGCCAAGGCAGUACACUUUUUACUAUCUUCGUUCGUGAAGGUUUCUUGGUCAACUAUGACUGCUUGGCACACUUAUACAAAAGCUCUCACUCCGCUAAGCGACAUUAUGCUCUGGCGAUUAACCAAAAGUCGAAAAGCAUACCUCAAUAUUCCUCCCUCGUACCGACCGACGAAACUCCAAAUUUCAACUCGUUACCCAAGCAUUAUUGACUGGGCACCGUGGCCGUCCCUCCGCGACAGACUGAUAACUCUCCACUCCGCGAAUCCGCGUCUAGACGAGCUUAUCUGCGAGAUCGGUAACGCCUAUGUUGUCCAGACUGAUCUAUCGGAGCUGGUUGCCUUACCUCAGUCCGUUUAUGGGUACAUUGGAGUUUGGGAUCUCGUUCGAGCAAUCAAUCCAAAUCCUCAGCAUCUUUCCAAUGGAAGAUCUGCAUUUGAGACGUCCGAAACCUUUUCGAACCCGCAGAAAGGAUGGCUGGAGGGAUUCAGCACCUUCCAGGACGCUCUCAACCAUAUUGACCUGGACGAUGACGAGAAUGCCAGCCUUCCAGCCCUCAAUGCCCAAGCUCUUUUCUCGUCCAGGUCUCUAGCUAUUCAGGCGUUCAAGCUGCUUGGCAUGGAUCAGGGCGCCUCUUCUUUCUGCCUUGCGCCCUCCUUUUUCUUAAGGCAUCCUGAAUUGUACGAUAAUCAGGUCAAUCUUAUGGCCUGUGGAGUUGCCCUGAAACCAGAUACCGAGGAGUUAUUUCCAGCUCCGGGAGAGCUUGAUGCCGAUGUGAUGAGUAGAUACAAGUCGUUGUCGAAGUAUGCUCUCAGUGUCGCAAAUGCGCCAACCCUGACUCGAGCAAAUGAUUGUAUGCAUCAGAGUUGUUGACAGUUUAUUUUUAC